AACGCGUUUCGCCAUCGACGCGAUAAGCGUCUGCACAUGGUCGGGAAAUAUCGCGGGUUACACAAAUUCGUUUUUGGUUACAGUUUGGUGUCACUCGUUGUGAAAUAUUUCUCUUGGGAAGUAAUGUAAGGUAAACAAAGAUGGCGAUCAGAGCCCUCUUUGGGGCAUGGGAUUACGUAGUGCUGGCCAUUGUUCUGAUAAUAUCAGCAUCAAUCGGCGUGUACUACCGAUUUACAGGUGGCAAACAAAAAACAGCAAAGGAGUACUUACUGGCUGACAAGAAUAUGUCCAUCGGACCCGUGGCGUUUUCUCUGAUGGCAUCCUUCAUGUCGGCCAUAACUUUGCUGGGGGUUUCCAGUGAAAAUUACACUUACGGCAUCCAGUUUAUUGUGAUAAAUAUUUCCUACGGAAUAUUUACGCCCGUCGCAGCAUAUUUGUACCUGCCUAUUUUCUUCAAACUGCAAGCUACCAGCGCAUAUGAGUAUUUAGAGAGAAGAUUUGGGAAAACGGCGAGACUAGCUGCGUCCCUUUCCUACACCCUCCAAAUGACCCUCUACAUGGGAAUAGUGCUGUACGCCCCUGCCUUAGCCCUCGAAGCUCUUACUGGAAUUAGUCAAGUCACCGCUAUCUUGUCUGUUGGUAUAGUGUGUACAUUUUAUUCGACAAUAGGCGGCAUGAAGGCAGUACUGAUGACGGAUGUCUUUCAAUCCCUACUAAUGUUCGCAGCGGUCUUCAGUGUUGUAAUAUUUGCCGUUGUAGAGAAAGGAGGUUUUGCAGAAAUUUGGAGGAUAGCCGAAGAAGGAGGAAGGACAGAUUUACUGAAUUUCGAUCCAGAUCCCAUCGAGAGACACAGCUGGUUCACUCUGAUCAUCGGAGGUGGUGUCACAUUCUUAUCACUUUAUGCCGUGAAUCAAACUCAGGUGCAGAGGUACUUAACCGUGAAAGAUCUGAAGAAAGCUCAACAGGCCUUGUGGCUGAACUGGCCCAUUCUGUCGGCGCUUAGCCUGAGCACGUCGUUCUCUGGAUUGGCGAUAUAUUCAAGAUAUUUCAAUUGCGAUCCGUACGACGCCAAAUACAUAAGCAGUUUCGAUCAGUUGAUGCCUUAUUAUGUGGUCGACACCAUGGGCCACAUUCCUGGACUUUCGGGCCUUUUCGUUGCUGGCAUAUUCAGCGCCUCCUUGUCUACGGUGUCAGCUGCAGUGAACAGCUUAGCGGCCAUAACGAUUGAAGACUAUUAUAAGCCUCUACAUUUGCUAAUCUUUAAAAGACCCGUUGCGGAAAAACGUAUACCUGUGCAGUUGAAAGUCGUUUCUUUGGUUUUUGGAAUCGUGUGCAUUGCGGUGGCCUUCUUGGCACAGUUUCUGGGAGGAGUCCUGCAAGCGGCUUUAACGAUAUUUGGGGUAGUAGGAGGACCGUUGUUGGGUUUGUUCUCUCUAGGGAUGUUUACUACCAUGGCUAAUGAGAAGGGCUCUGUGACGGGUCUGGUAUGCGGUAUUACGUUUGCUUUAGUGAUGGCUUUUGGUAAUAAACCAGCUCCCAAAACUUUACCACGUACCACUGAGGGUUGUGAUGAUAUUGUUAGUGCGAUAAAUUCCACCAUCUCGUCGACGCAAGUCGAUGAUAGCGAGUAUUUCUGGUUGUUCAGAGUGUCGUACUUGUACAACGGCGUAUUCGGCCUCUUGAUCACGACGAUAUUAGGUUACGCCGUAAGCUUCGUGACCAGGAAGAUGGAUGGCAGAAGGGUCGAGGAUGAAAACUACGACCCAGACUUAUUCAUUCCGAUCAUAGCGAAGAAGUUGCCUGCCUCAGAAGCGCCAGUAAACCUGACGAGCCUGACUGAGUUGUCCGCUUCUGACGAGGACCUGAGAAACGGCGUGAAAUCGAAGAGGAAGUAUUAACGAACCGAUAGAUGUCGCUUAGAUCAAUUGCCUUAAAACUUAAUAGAUAAAUUUUUUUAA